GUUAUCGAAGUCAAGAACAGUGUGCCCAGUUUAUUUAUUUUAAGUUAGAUGUAUUUCAAAAGUAAAAUAAAAUAUUUCUGUGCUUUGUGUAUGUUAGCUAAGCUUAUUUUAAUCACAUUGCAUUUGAUACCAGCUUAUUUGUAUUUAAUGUGUAGCUUCCUCCACGUACAUAACCUUGAAAUAUUAAAGAAAUUUGCGCCACCUCAAGAUGUGCACGGUAGCCUUAACAGCUGGUAUAAGCCAACUUUGUACCAAAAAAAAUAAAAUAAUUGUUUUAAUUUUCAUAUUUUUUUUAUAAGUUUCAAACUAAGCAAUAAAUACAACUUUACUUAAUAGUUCCAUAAAUCCCAUAAAAUGUAUAAGUUUUUAAAGCUAAAUAAAACCUGACAACUCUGCGUCAAGAAAUAUAAAACAUUGCACAAGCACAACGUUGAAGAUUAUUGUUACAAUUAUUUAAACAAAAUUAAAAAACAAAAAAAAUGCAGCUGCAUCGUUUUUCAUUUGUUAUAAGCACCAUGUUGCGAGUGCAACACUCGUCUGUUGCCUUCCAACAGCAACAACUACGGAACUUAUCUCUUCAGUGGUAUUUAGCCCAAAACCACCGACCGGCAAGCGGUAUAAACAAACCGGGUGACCACAAACCCAAGACACCGGCACAGAAGAUCACCCUCAUCCAGAAUCAAGCGAUUAGCAUAACCACAUUGGAGGAGGCACAAAAGCUGGCCAAGCGGAGAGAACUGCACCUGUUACGUUUGGAGCAGACAGAUGCGAAGACUGGACGCCCUAUGUUUAAAUUGGUGACGUCAGCCGAAAUGUUGGCCGAUGACACUCCCACACCCAAGUCUUCCAACGAAAAAAGUCACAAAAAAUCGGAGAAAUCUUUGACUAUUGGGGCACGCAUUACCGAGCAUGACCUUUCCUCUAGACUCAAAAACAUAACCAAAUGGCUGGGAAAGCGCCACGAAGUACGCAUCCUGAUUCAAGGCAGUUCGAGUGGAUCAGAUGAAGGCAGCGCCGAACGCAUCGUGAAGGCCAUCGAACAAGCCAUUAAGGAGCCCGAGAUUAUCGGAAAAAUAGUACAGAAACGCAGCAAAGCAUCCCUAAUUAAGUUUAACAUUGUUCCAGUGACUUCGCAGGUUUCAGCCAUCCCAAAUAUAGUUCAACCAUGACAACUAGUGCCUUUGUCUCGGAUUAACCCGGAUCAUUGCACAUUUCAUCAUAAUUUUGCCAUAAAUCUGGGCUCUGCUCUGCGAUACUCUACCAUGUCAAACGAAGAAAAGGACCCCCAUCGAGAAGCUGCUGUAGUAGCAGGUGCAUCAUUGCUCUUUAUAUUGUUUGCAAAAUAUUUUUACUGGCACAGAACUUUUAUCCAAUAUGUUGAAAAAGAAGAUCUUGACAUCAAAAUUAAAAAUGAACUAGAAAUUAAACCUUAAGUAUAUUUAUUGUUGAAAUACUAAAUAAAAAACACCGAAAUACCU